UCUAUGGGCGGCCCCGCGUGUCAUGGCGGUACAUCUGAAGAAGCAGUUAAAGGAUGCAGUGAAGGUCAUCACUUCUGGUGGCUUUCUAUUUGCCUCCUACCUCACUGUGGUUGGAGAUGAGCGUUUCUAUGCCAACCAUUUAAUGCCUGUCCUGCAGAAGAUUGUGGCGCCAGAGAUGGCCCAUGUUUUAGCUGUGAAGAUGAUUGGUCUUGGUCUGGUUCCUCUGAACCGCUACCAGGACCCUGCAGCACUGGAAGUGAAUGUUCUGGGGUUAAAGUUCAGAAACCCUAUUGGGAUUGCAGCUGGCUUUGAUAAACAUGCAGAGGCUAUAGAUGGCUUGUACAAAAUGGGCUUUGGCUUUGUUGAAGUGGGUACAAUCACACCGAAACCUCAGGAGGGAAAUCCCAAACCACGUGUGUUUCGGCUCACUUCAGAUCUUACAAUUAUUAACAGAUAUGGAUUCAAUAGCUGUGGUCUGGCAGUUGCACAGCAGAGGCUGAAAAUCAGGGAAGAAACACAGCAAGCACAAAGUAAAGCUGGCCUUCCCCUUGGUAUCAAUCUGGGGAAGAACAAACUAUCUGAGGAUGCAGGGGAAGAUUAUUCAGAGGGGGUAAAAAUAUUGGGCCCAUUGGCUGACUACCUAGUGGUCAACAUCAGCAGUCCCAAUACACCAGGUCUCAGAGAUCUACAGGGGAAGACAGCACUCCGUCUGCUCCUACAAAGGGUCCUGAAGCAGCGUGAUGCUCUGGAGGGAAAAUGCAAACCUCCAGUGCUAGUCAAAAUUGCUCCAGAUCUCUCUGCCCAGGACAAACAAGAUAUCGCUGAAGUUGUUAUGGAGCUGGGCGUGGAUGGUUUGAUGGUGUCUAACACCACUGUGUCCAGGCCAGAGAUGCUACAGGACCCACAGAGAUCGGAAGUUGGCGGCCUGAGCGGCCAAGCUCUCAAAGACCUCGCCACACGGACUGUCAGAGAGAUGUACUGCCUGACCGGAGGUAAAAUACCGAUUAUUGGAAUUGGUGGUGUAGCCAAUGGGCAAGAUGCUCUGGAUAAGAUCCGUGCGGGUGCAUCACUGGUUCAACUUUACACAGCUUUCACAUACCAGGGUCCACCUAUUGUGACAAAGAUAAAGCGGGAAUUAGAACAACUUCUUAAAGAUCAAGGCUUCAGCAGCGUGUCAGAGGCAGUUGGUGCAGAUCACAGAAGAGCAGACUCAUAAGCGUAGGUUUUUGAAGGAGGAUAGUACAAGUCAACACAGUGUUGAGCAGCAUUUCUACACCUUGAUUCAUUUCAUUGAUUUCUUUGAACUGUUCUUUUUCUGGGGCAAAGUGAUUGUUCAACACACAGAUUAAAUAGAAAACUAUCUACCAAGAACUUUGUGCACAACCUUUAAUCCCCUACCACCCGGAUCAUUUUGGCUUGUCAGUAUCUCACAAAUAAAAAGUGAAAUUUCCCAUCGAUGGGAUAUACAGACUUAGAAGGGGUUAAUACAUUUUGGGAUUUCUAAAAUCAAAUCUGCCUAUAGGAAGCAAUCUCAGUAUUGUCUUGUAAAUACUGUAUUUGCACGUCUGAGGGCGGAGCAUUAGCCCACUCUAUAUUUUUGAAGAGAGUUGUUAAACACCCACCCAAAAUAUUUUUUUAAUUGAACACCCACUUAAAAUAAAUUAAUUCUCUGACCCCCAGCACACCCUCACCAACUCCAAAAAUGGAGUUUUCACUGUUUAUCUUAUCUCUUCUGUAUCUGACUUGUGAUGUCAUCUGUUUGGCCUGUGCUCUUAUUGUGAAAGACUCUUGUCAAGAAACAGGAGGAGUUCUGUCACAAUGUGGCUUUGUACAAGCCCCAGUCACACAGUGAAAUAGCUAUCUUUAGUUUGUUUUGUGUGACAAAAGUCCUUUUUCCAUCAAGAAAAAUGAAUUCCUUGUCAGCUGAUGUCCACAGAGUUUGUCAGAAAGUUUUGUGCAUGUUCAAAACUUGGAGGGGAGACCAGACAGAGCUUUCUUGCUGUCUGGGUGUUUGUUUGCCAUUUUGAGUGUGAGAGAGUUUUGACACGUUGGCAGAUUGGAUGUUCCACUGUUUUCAGUAAGGCUUACAGGAACAUUAUGGACAUUUUAUCUGAAUAAGCAGGAAUCACGGACAGCAACAAAUGGAUUAAUUUCUACAGAGUCACCUGGAUUUAAACAGGUAGGAGCUUUUGAAGCUUCCAUGAGUUCCAGAGUUUUCUGCUUUAAUAUAAAUGCUGUGCAAAAUGUUUCAGUGAAGUAAAUUAUUGUCCACAUGGUUAAUAUUGAAAACUGACUGUGCACGUCAUGUCACUUUUUUUUUCUGCCGAGAUGAAAAAGCAGUUUUAAGAGCCAGAGACAUCAGGUGACAAGGAACACAUUUAAUAAAUGACAAAAA